AUGUUGGAAGGAAUCGUCGCAAACCUGCUCAACCGGUUUCUGGGCAUCUAUGUUAAAAACUUCGAUGCCAAACAACUCAACAUCGGUAUAUGGUCCGGCGACGUAAAGCUUCGAAACCUAGAGCUGCGGCGAGAAGCUCUUGACCAGUUACACCUCCCCCUCAAUGUCGUUGAAGGCCACCUCGGUGAGCUCACCUUGUCUAUACCCUGGUCCAACCUGCGAGGAAAACCUGUCAAGGUCGAUAUCGAAGAUGUAUUCCUCCUCGCUGCCCCGAAGGAAGAUGUGGAUUAUGAUCCGGAGGAAGAGGAACGGAGAGAACAUGCCAUUAAGAUGGACAAGAUCGAGAGCGCGGAACUCCUGAAGGAGAAGAACUCGGAGGGGAUGAGCCAGGAAGAACAGCGCCGGAACCAGAGUUUUACCCAGAGUCUGAUUACGGCGGUAGUCGAUAAUCUCCAGAUCUCUAUCAAGAACGUACAUUUCCGUUACGAGGAUUCAAUCGCAUCACCCGGUCACCCAUUCGCCGUUGGUCUGACCCUGAAGGAGCUCAGUGCAGUCAGUACCGAUUCCGAAUGGAACCCCACAUUUAUACAGUCAACUUCCAGCACGACGCACAAAUUGGCUAUCUUGGGCGCUCUAUCAGUCUACUGGAAUACAGAUGCAGAGCUUUUGGGAACGGGUCGAGGGUGCGACGUGGGUGCAGAAGCCCAAGGUAGUAGCCAUGGGGAGCUGAUGGAGAGAUUAAGGUCCGGUAUUGACGAGGAACACAACCAAUUCAUGCUUCGCCCAGUAAGUGGGCGUGCCGGACUAGAGUUGGACAAAUCCGGCAAGCAUGAUAGGCCGGCCAUCAAAACUCGACUGUUAUUCGAUGAACUUAGCUUCGUUCUAGAUGAUCACCAGUACCGAGAUGCGCUGAUGCUUGUGGAUCUUUUCCAUUAUUUCAUCCGCCAUCAAGAAUAUAAGAAACUCCAGCCCAAGUGCAAACCCAAGGAAGAUCCUCGUGCGUGGUUUAGAUUCGCGGGACAGGCUGUGCUCAGCAAAAUUCAUGAUCGGAAUAGGCGCUGGACCUGGGACUACAUAAAAGAACGAAGAGAUGACAGGAUAACCUAUAUUGACUUAUUCAAGAAGAAAAAACGUGAAGAGACCUUGUCAGGCCAAGAUGUGGAGGAAUUCGAUAGGUUGCAGCGGAAGCUUAACUACGAGGAUAUCCGUUUUUGGAGAUCAUUAGCAAGGAACCAACUUCGGAAGGAAAAUAUAGGCCUGAAAAAGCCGGAGCGACAACAGACUUGGACGGAGUGGAUAUGGGGUGCCAAACAGGAAGAGUCUGAGGAGGCUACGAUGACGGAGGCGCAACGGCAGGAGCUUUAUAAUGCCAUUGACUGGGACGAGAAGAAGGCAAUUGCCGAGAGUGUCGAUGUUCCACGGGAAUGGGUUAAACUGCAGAUUAACUCUGGUCUCAGAGCCGGUAGUUUGACCUUGAAGCGCGACCCUCACGGAGCGGCGAAUGAGAUCAUGAAGCUGGUAUUUGAUAAUUUCCGUGCAAAGGCGUUGCAACGACCCGACUCUUUCUUCGUGGAUCUGGAUCUUGGGGGAUUGAGAGUUUACGACGGAACAACCGAAGGCAGCCUUUUCCCACAGAUCGUCAAAGUUAAGGAUUCUCUUCCGGAGCCAAAGAACCGUCUAUCACAGGUAUCAGGUCACGCCGAGCUGGAUCCUGAGGGGGUGGAUGAUAUCAUUGAGGACGAAGAUAGCUUGUUCCACCUUCAACUCGAGAAAAACCCCCUCGAAAGCGAUGCUGACUCGGUGGUGAAGGUCAAGCUAAAGAGUAUUGAGGUCAUUUACAACCCCAGGUUCCUGGUCGAGGUUGUCAAAUUCUUCGAGCCCCCGGAACGACAUAUGGAAUCGAUUGGAGCGAUCUUGGAUUCGGCAGGAGCCACUGUGGAGGGAAUCCGGCAGCAAACCCGAGCUGGCUUGGAGUUUGCCUUACAGGAACACAAGAAGGUGGAUGCGCAAUUUGAUAUCCACGCCCCAUUGUUUAUCGUCCCCGAGAGCAUUACACAGGAAUGCUCUCUAUGUUUGAUUCUCGAUGCUGGUCAUGUUAGUGUCAACAGCGAACUAGUCGAUCGGCAAACCAUGAGAGACCUCCAGUCCAAACAGAAACGUCAAUACAAUGAGGGCGAUUAUAAAGAACUUGAGCACCUGUUGUACGAUAGGUUCUUGCUUAAACUUGACUCAACCCAAGUCCUAAUUGGACCGGGAAUAGAGACCACCAAAGCACAGCUCAGUUCCGACGUCGCAUCCAAUAACUUGCAUAUUAUUGAUCGCAUAAACGUGGAUUUUGUCCUUGAAAUGUGUAUUGUACCGAAGGUCACUGAGCUCACUAGGACGCGAAUAUCUGGUCAUCUCCCUGAGCUGCAUGCAUCAAUCUCUGACACGAAGUACAAGGGCUUGAUGAAAUUAAUUGAUAUUGCGAUUCCACAUUUUGAUGAUGGCACAGAGGGCUCUAAUGUUUCGAACAAGGCAGGAGGGUCGACGGCCGCUGGUAAUAGAGCAAGAUCUUCAUCCUUUAUCCCGCCAAGCCUGAGAGAGCUUCCUGUGGUUGACGAAGAUUCCGACGAUGAGUUGAAUCCAGAAUCGGGUACUGAGCAAACGAGCAAGAAUGUCGACAAGCCCACCAACAUCCACCGCCGAGAUUUCGAGUUCAAGUUUACUGUCGGCCGCCUCCGUGGUUCGUUGUUUCGUUCCUACCCAAAUGACCAGAUCUGUGAUCACCUAUUGGCUGAACUGGUUGCUGAGGGUUUCGUACUUGACUACUACAUGCGACCCUUUGAUAUGGUAGCAGAGAUUGUUUUGAAGUCCUUGAGCGUGGAUGAUUAUAUAGAGGACAACCCCCUGCCUGAAUUCAAGAGGAUAAUCUCUUCCAAGGGAUUCGAUGCGGACGAGGAGAGGGACCUUUUCCACCUCAAGUUCGUCCGAGUCAAGCCAGAGUCACCUGAAUUCGAGUCAACAUACGAGGGCAUAGCGAUGAACCUUGAUGUUUCUGUUUCGACUAUAAAUCUCGUUGUCACCAGGAGGACGCUCCUUACGCUUCUGGAUUUUAUCUUGCUCACGUUCACGAACCCCGAGCAACCUAACAACGGAGAUCGCCAAGCUGAUCGGGCUAUCCAAGGCACAACUGCGGGUGAUCAAAAGCCUCAGCAGUCCGGAAAAAUCCGUAUUAAGGCUGAUCUGAAGAGUAUCGCUCUUAUCCUUAAUAACGAUGGUGUUAGGCUUGCCACCCUAAGCCUAAACACUGCCGACGUCGGUAUUUCCCUUGUAGGUCGUGCCAUGCUCAUACAGUCUCGGAUCGGGAGUUUGACUCUGGUGGACGACGUCAAUACGGGUGCCUCUGAGAGUUCUGACCUUCGGAGGCUUUUAACUAUAGAGGGGGAAAACUUCGCAGACUUCAAAUACGAGACUUUCGAUCCAGAAAAUGGGUAUCCGGGGUAUGAUUCGGAGUUUUUCCUUCGGUCAGGCUCUAUCAAAAUCAAUUUCCUGGAAGAACCAUACCGGAAAAUCAUCAACUUCCUGGUUAAAUUCGGCAAGAUGCAGGCCAUUUUCAAUGCUGCAAGGCAAGCCGCUGCUAAUCAAGCGAACCAACUGCAAGAAAAUGCAUCGCGGAUGCGUUUUGACAUCGUCGUCAUGACACCGAUUCUGGUCUUUCCGGGCGUCGUAAAGGAAGAUCGCCCUCGUGACACUGUGACAGCUCACCUUGGUGAGAUCUACCUGAAGAACACUUUUGUUCCCCUCGAGGAUGACAAAGAUGGCCCUGCCGUGAACUUGAUUUCUUUUGGUAUCCGCAACAUUCGCCUGACGUCGAAGUUCCAUUUCAGCGAAGGCCUCGUAGAAGAACUCGAUAUGAUCCAGAAAGUCAACCUUGAUUUCAGCAUAUGUUACCUGGAGCACCAACUUGACAAUCCCCGUCCUGACAUGGAAAUAGAGGGAACAAUGUCCCCCAUCAACCUCCGUGUCUCGCAACGACAACUGAAAUUUUUAUUGGCUCUGUUGAAGACUGUGCCUGCUGCCUUCGUGACUGAUACUGAGCAACAAGAACUCGAGGCUAUGCAGGCUCUUCCAUCCUCAGUGACAGAGCUGACUAGAGAGGCGGAGUCUAGGGCGGCUCAAAGCCGGAAGGACCAGGAAAGACAAUCCCUAGAAAAGAAAGUCCGAGACGACGUCUGGGUCCGGCUUGAUAUGAUUUUCAAAGUCGAUAGCGUUGGGUUGGAGCUGAUUCUCUCCCAAGACGACGAGCCGGUCGACCGUUUGGAGGAUGCCAGUCUUUCGAAAUUUUCGCUGAACGACACAAGAGUCAAAUUACGCAUGCUGACGGAUGGAUCAUUGGAGUCCGAAUUGCUAAUCCACUCCCUCUCCAUUCGUGACAGCCGGAACAAAGAUACCAAUAAAUUCCGGAAGAUCAUGUCCCUGAUUAACAAUGAUGUCCAGCAGCAAUUUAUGGCCAGUGUGUCGAUGUCUGCAGGGCCAGAUAAACACCUGAUAGCGAUGUUGACUAUCGAUAGCCCGCGCAUUAUACUUGCUUUGGAUUACCUAUCUGCCCUGCAAUCCUUUGCAAACUCCGCCUUUGCCACUGACGAGUCAGUGGAAGAAGAGGAAGACAUCGAGACAAGUGAAGAAUCAGAGCCCAGAUCCAGCACUGCGGAAAGUAUUGAUGGCUCCACAGCAGGAUCUACAACUGGAGAAGCCCCUGGUCCCGCUGGACAAACCACAGUAUCGUUCAGGUUGAAUCUUGUGGACGCACAAAUAAUAACUAUUGCAAACCCUUCCAUUACCCAUACCGAGGCUAUAGUUCUUGGAGCAAAGCAAGUGCUCUUCUCUCACCAGAACGUUUCCACCUUGCAAAUAACCAAAGUUGGCAUGUUCUUGUGUCGCAUGGACAAGUUUGAAACCAGCAGGCUCCGAAUUUUGGAUGACUUCACGCUUGAAAUGUCCAUGGAUAGUCGUCCUCAAGAAAAAGGCUCUGCCUUGACAUCCAUUAGCGUGAAUAUUGAGCCUUUGGUUCUUCGUCUCUCUCUUCGGGAUAUAUUGAUGGCGAUGCAGAUUGUGAAUAAGGCAUCUGAAAUGCGGGCUCAACGGCCUCAAGAGCUGGAGGGUGGUGAAGCAAAGAAACUGUCAGACAGCAAAACCGCCGGCACUAAAUCCUCUCGAAGAUCGGUUGGUAAGCCGCCGUCUUCUGCAGCAGCACCGAAGCCACACCGUGAGUCCCGCAGUGCAACUGAUCACCAAGAGAGAAGUCUUGUCCCAGCACGCUCAGCUACUCUUAAGCGGGAAGAAUUGAAUGCCCAGGUCGACGGCGUCAGGGUAAUUCUUAUAGGAGACCUCCACGAUCUCCCCCUGUUUGAUUGGAGCGUCAAGAAAUUCACAGUGGACAUUCGAGAUUGGUCAUCCACGCUGAAUGCCGAUACUAGUUUUGAUACGUUCAUUAACGUGUACAACUUCUCAAAGUCUGCCUGGGAACCUCUCAUAGAACCCUGGCAUUUAGGCUUCCACGUGGCCAAGGAAGUUAACCCACAGAUCCUUUCGAUCGAUGCAUAUUCCCAUAAAACGAUGGAGCUCACACUUACUUCCGCUACGAUUGCGCUAGCUUCCAAGUCUUUCCAGUUCCUUUCCACUGAUGAGGAUGUUCUCUCAAAGCCAAGAGGGGCCGAUGCGCCCUACAGGAUUCGUAACUACACAGGCUUCGACCUUCAUGUCUGGGCCGACGUGAGUGUGGAAGAGGAAGGGCCGGCUGCUAGACUGACCGAUGGUGAAGAGUACCCUUGGCGCUUUGAGGAUUCAACGGCCAUGCGUGAGACGUUGGCACCAGAAGGCCAUGCCGGCCUUGUUGGGGUUAAGCUUGAGGGUAGCGGCUUCGAUAGCGUUGGUCGGAUACCUGUCGUCCGAGAGGGUGAGACGUUGUAUAACCUGAAGCCAAAGAAGGACAAUGUUGUCCAUCGCCUCCUUGUUGAGGUGAAAUUGGGCACUGAUAACGUGAAAUAUAUUACUUUCCGGUCACCACUGGUUGUCGAGAAUAACACGCAGAUCCCUGUUGAGUUAGGUAUCUUCAGUCCCAGCGACGGCCAUCUCUUGAAAAUCGAGAAGAUCCUCCCUGGCGACGCUCGACCAGCGCCUGUUGGGGCGGCAUAUAUGCAUUCGAUUGUUAUUCGGCCUGACCAAGGUUUUGGGUAUGAAUGGUCAAACGAACAACUGCAUUGGAAAGACCUUAUGCGGCGGCCAACUCGGACAAUCAAGUGCCUCAGUGAAAACGGACAACAGGCUCCGCCGUUCUAUUUCCAAAUGAAUGCUACUUACAACACGCAGGAUUCUCUGACAGCCCCGUAUCCCUACAUGCGGAUCCGAAUUUUUGCUCCGGUUGAAAUCCAGAAUCUCCUUCCUUAUGAUUUCAAAUAUCGGAUUUAUGACAAGAAUACGAGAAAGGAUUGGACCAACUUCUUGCGCAAGGGAGGCGUAAGCCCGGUCCACGUUGUUGAACUAUCCCACUUGCUUCUCCUCAGCAUUGACCUGCAAGAUACAGUUUUCAGGCAGAGCGAUUUUGCUAUCAUCAAUGGAAAUGCGCAGGAUUUUCGGAGAGAGCACGUGCUAUCUUUGAAGGAUGAGAGAGGCAUUCAGCUGAAGCUGAAGCUUCACUAUUACAAUGUGCCUAACAGUGGAGGCGCGUUCAAAGUGUCUAUUUACAGUCCGUAUCUCAUCCUGAACAAGACGGGUCUUCCGAUGGAGAUCCAGAGCAAAGCCUUCUUGCAGUCUGCUCGAUCAGCUGCCGGGCAAGGACUGAGAGCUGAUUCUAAUAACGGCGAACGCGCUCUCCCAUACAUGUACUCAUACCAAAGUGGUGACCAGAAGAACCGGUCUAUGUUGAAGAUAAGCGAAUCUGCAUGGAGCAAACCCCAGAGUUUUGAAGCUAUCGGAAGUAGGUUUGAGGUCGUCCUCCCAGAUCGACAUGGAAGAUCCGAGCUCCAUGCAGGCGUGUCUGUCUCUGAGGGUGAGGGUAAAUACAAGCUGACCAAUGUCGUCACGAUUGCGCCUCGCUUCAUCCUGAAGAACAAGCUCAGCGAGGAGCUAUUGGUCCGAGAGCCUGGGUCGUCUAAUGUUCUUAGCAUUAAGGAGGCUGACCUUGUACCUCUCCAUUUCCUGCGGCAGGUCGCAGAUAAACAGCUGUGUCUUAGCUUCCCAGGAGUCAACAGCCAGUGGUCUUCUCCUUUCAACAUCGCGGACAUUGGGACAGUGCAUGUGAAACUUGCUAAGGCGAACCAACGCCAGAGGCUCAUUAAAGUAGACAUUAUCAUGGAAGAUGCAACUCUCUUCAUAAGUUUCAACUCCGAAACUCGAAAUUGGCCAUUCUCCAUGCGCAACGAGAGUGACAUGGAGUUUAUCUUUUUCCAAGCGAAUCCGAACGUGGAAGAAGGAGAGGACGACAGAUCCAAUAACUGGCGACCGAUUCGCUAUCGCCUUCCCCCACGUAGCAUUAUGCCCUAUGCUUGGGACUAUCCAGCGGCGAAGAAUAAAACUCUCGUGCUGACAUGCAAGGGCAAGGAAAGGCACAUCAAGCUUGCGGAGAUUGGUAACCUGAUCCCGAUGAGAAUCCCUCCAGCCCAGUACGGGGAAACGCAGAAGAUCAUCGAUAUCAAUAUUGUCGCGGACGGUCCUACCCAGACGUUGGUCCUGUCUAACUUCAAGGCGUCAAAGAGCAUGUACCGGCAGCAGAGGGAACAGACGUCUCAGUCCAGCCUCAGCACCGGGUUUGAGGUUAAAGAACUGGAUUCUGAUGUCAACUUCAAAGCCCAGCUCCGCCUUGGAGGGAUUGGUAUAUCCCUGAUCAAUCAAAACCUAAAGGAGCUGCUUUAUAUGACAUUCCGCGACAUCGAGAUCAAGUACAGGGAAUCACGGGUAUACCAAACUUUGAACACUACAAUCAAGUGGAUCCAAAUCGAUAAUCAGCUCUAUGGGGGAAUCUUCCCGAUUUUGCUGUAUCCCAGCGUUGUUCCGAAGACUGGAAAGGAAAUGGAAGCACACCCAAUUUUCCACGCCAUGGUCAGCCGCGUGAAGGACGACUCCUAUGGAGUGCUGUACAUUAAAUAUGCUACUGUGCUACUGCAGCAGAUGACACUCGAGCUCGAUGAAGAUUUCGUUUUUGCAAUGCUUGACUUCGCAAAAGUUCCAGGUGCUUCUUGGUCUGAAGAGCAAGAAGGGAAGCUUUGCGACGAAGAGCUCCGAAUCCCGGAACCACGGAACGAAGGCAAUGACAAGGACGUGUAUUUCGAGUUGCUCCAUCUGCAGCCAAUGCAGGUCGACAUCUCUUUUAUGCGGACGGAACGUGUUAAUGUGGAAGAUACCAUGCAGCCCUCUAAUCCGCUGAUGUUCGUCGUCAACGUCAUGACCAUGUCCAUGGGCAAUGUAAACGAUGCGCCUGUGCGGCUGAACGCCUUGAUGCUCGAGAAUGCCCGCGUAUCACUUGGAGUACUUGUGGGCAACAUCCAGAGACACUAUACUCAGGAAUUCCUUCGACAAAUCCAUAUCGUUCUUGGAUCUGCUGAUUUCCUGGGCAAUCCGGUUGGCCUGUUCAAUAAUGUUAGCUCUGGCGUGGCUGCGAUCUUUUACGAGCCUUAUCAAGGAUUUGUCAUGACCGACCGGCCACAAGAGCUUGGUUACGGCAUCGCCAAAGGAGCUACGAGCUUUGUGAAGAAGUCGGUAUUUGGUUUCUCGGACAGUAUGGCCAAACUUACUGGCAGCAUGUCCAAGGGUCUCGCGGCUGCCACUUUGGACAAGGAGUUUCAGGACCAACGGCGGAUGUCUAAGUCCCGGAACCGGCCCAAGCAUGCACUGUACGGUCUCACUGCCGGCGGAAAUGCAUUUGCGAACAGUUUAGCGAGUGGUAUUGGAGGGCUUGCACGUCAUCCACUGCAAGGCGCGGAAAAGGAGGGCAUCCAAGGAUUUUUCAAGGGCGUUGGAAAGGGUGUCCUAGGGCUGGCUACGAAACCCGCCAUAGGUGCCUUCGAUCUAGCCUCAAACCUCGCCGAAGGAGUCCGCAAUACCACGACAGUCUUCGACGCAGAGGGGCUCGAUCGGGUUCGCCUGACGCGAUUCAUCGGAACCGACGGUAUCGUGCGACCAUAUUCACAGCGCGAGGCCUUGGGACAAUUCUGGCUCAAGACGGCGGACGAUGGGCUGUACUUCAAUGAGGAUUACAUUGCUCAUCUGGAACUUCCGAGCCGAGACAUGCUGGUCAUGCUGACGUACGACCGGAUCAUGCUCGUGCGGUCCAAGAAACUCCGCACCGAGUGGGACAUACGAUUGACAGAUAUCCAAACCAUUUCCAAGGAGCGAACUGGCAUGAGUAUCACCCUCAAGGGAGGCGCCAAUGGGCCGUUCAUCCCGGUGCAGGACGAGAGUGCUCGAAACUGGCUGUACCGACAGAUCGCCGUGGCGGUCAAUGCAUUCAAUGAGAAGCACAACAAUACUGUCACCCGGGCUAGUUAA